UUUUUUUUUUUUGUUUCUUCUUCCGUUUUUCGAUCACCUAAUUAUAUUAUGGCCCGAGGAAAAGCAAAACAACCACGGUCAAAGAAUCAGGACGAUGUGGGAUGUCAGAGAAAGCGACAACGGCAGCAAAAAGAACCAGAAGAAGACCACCAUGAUCUAUCUUCUUCUGAAACAGAAUCUUCCUCAACCAAGUAUAAUAACCACCAUGAUCUAUCACUCGUCCCAGAGAUGACUAAAGUAAGAACUAUCACUGAAGAGAAUGAUAUGAAUGAUUCUGACGAUGACGAUGAAGAAGAUUCUAUUGAUUGGGAAACAGUUGAGCUUCCAAAAUGGACACUUCAAAGUACGCAACACCACCAAGAAGAAGACGAAGAAGAAGACAAUGCUCAAUUUGAUGAAGGUCAACAGGAUCUGGAAGGACACCAUCAAUACAAGGAUGUUCACGUUGUUUUUGAAACACCUCGUGUUGUACUCAAAAAAUCAAAAUGGGAAAUGGCAUAUCAACGACAACUACGUGAUUGGAUGCAUAAUAGUCAUGUUGUAUUACUUGUGGGUCAUUUUCUUAUUCGAAAUGAAUGGUGUUCAAGAGAAGAUGUCAAAUCUGUUUGCUUAUCUGUGAUUCCUGAACAUAUAUCUAACCAAAAUAAAAGAAGAGACCGAUCUGAUACUGAAUUCAACACAACAAUCAAGUGGCUAUUGAAUUGGUGGAAAGAUUACUUUAGUAUCAAUAGUUAUGGAUUGAUGACAAGACCUUUGGAAACAUUUGAAUCUAUUCCUCCUUUGGACACUUAUAGCGUAAACUUGAUCAAGAAUUUAGAGCAAUAUAUGGACAACCUGGGAAUUCAUGACAGUGAAAUCAUUCAAGAUCCAACAGCUUUUGUCAAUUAUUUAGCGGAAAAGAGUGGCUCCCGGGAUUUGUCUGCUCAAUUAUUUACCAGUCUUCUUCGUACAUUGGGUUUCGAAACACGAUUGAUCUCUUCACUUCAACCACUUCCUUAUCGGAUACCUGCAACUCGAACUGAUAAACCUUCUUCCUCCACAUCAACAACUCCAUCAUCUUCUUCUACCAAUAUAUCUAAUGCAGAUAACGUGGAUGACAACUCAACAAACGAUUCUACACAAUCCUCAUCGCGCACCAAACAAAACGUCAAAAAAAUAUCAGCAAUCAAUCCAACAACAUAUGAUUAUCAAAACAAGAAAGCAAAACCACCGACGGUAUGGUGCGAAAUAUGGAAUCCACAUCAGAAACGGUGGAUAUGUAUUGAUCCUGUUCGCCAACUUUAUGACAAACCCCAGUUGAUGGAACCCGGCAUUUCGGAUCGAAAAAACGUGCUCUCCUAUGUAUUGGCUUUUGAGGAUAUAUCAAAGCAACAAGAUGAUCAACGGAAAGGACGAAAAAGACGUAUUCGAUGCGUUGUAGAUGUGACUCGACGGUAUACAACACAUUUACCAAAAGCAUUAGCGGCUCGUGAACGAGAGCUGACAAAACGAGAAAAAGAAGGUGGGUGGCGACUCUGGUCUGAACUGUUUCUUUUUGGUCUUCAACCCUCGGAAUUACGUAAUAAGUCAUCAACAACAAUAUCAGCAAGCAAAAGGCGGUAUGAAGAAGAACAAAUACAACUCGAGCAACAUCAACAUGAACAGCGUAUGCCGACAUCCAUGCAAGCCUUACGGAAUCAUCCUCUGUAUGUUCUGGAACGUCAUCUGAAGAAAUUUGAAGUAUUACAUCCUCCUAAGAAUAUGACGAUGGACAGUAUGGUGAUUGGACAUAUUAAAGGUGAAAAUGUAUACCCACGAUCAUGUGUACAACAAAUUCAUACACGCGAAACUUGGAUCAAGCAAGGCCGUGUGGUGAUGGAUGAUCAAGUGCCUGUGAAAAGAGUCCUAUCAAGAGCCGUCACUUUGGAAAAGAAGCGAUUACAAGAAGAAGCGAAACGUCAAGGGGAUACUUUACAAACGGAUUGCUAUGGAUAUUGGCAGACAGCACCUUAUCGACCUCCUCCUGUUGUAGUUGGGAAAAUCACAAAGAAUGCCUAUGGUCGUGUCGAUCUGUUUACUAUGGACAUGUUACCUGAAGGUGCAGCUCAUAUUCAAAUUGAUGGCAUUGGCAAAAUUGCAAGACAAUUAGGAAUCGAUUAUGCCGAAGCAGUGGUUGAUUUUGAUUUCGUACGUGGAAGAUCUAUACCAAUGGUGAAUGGGAUCAUUGUGGCAAAAGAAAAUGAGUUCAUCUUGUUGGAAGCAUGGCGGGAACAUGAACACCAUCAGACGAAUAAAGCGUCGGCGAAACACGAAAAACAAAUCUAUGGACGAUGGAGAAAACUGAUUCUUGGAGCUAUGAUUGAUGCACGGGUGAAUGAAGAUUAUGGUCAACCAGAGAAUCAAACAAAGGUGGAUAACAGCACUGCUUGGGAUCGAUUUCUGAAAGAACGGGAGAAAUCCGAGAAGAUCAUGGAUGGUGGGGGAUUUAUUUUAGAGGAUGAUCAAGAAUAAGGAUGACUAGAUUAGUUAGAUUAGCCUUUUGUACUAUAUAUUUGAAAUAAAGACUUGUUGCUUUUAUAAUAAUG